CGAAAUAGCAGGAAGCCUCCCAAACCCGCGAGGGGACUCGUAGUACUAUCAAGCAAGUCCACAGUCAAGAUGAGUGAAUCCUGGCCCAUGUCGAUGAACGCAAGCCUCCCAUUGAUUGAAUUACGUUCGGAAGACCACGAGGCUCAUAGGUACCCAGAUCAAAUGUUCGUAUGGGAUGCCUUUUAAAGCUCCAUUGGAUCUCCGAAGUCUUGUAUAAAAACACGGAGUAUCCCAUAACUUCGGGCUGCCCCAAUCUUUUCGAGAUGUUGACCAUGGUCUUCGCUAGACUUGUCCCGCUCACUCUCUUACUGGCGAAUAUCGUCUCUGCACGACUCCCAGACGGUCGUUUGAACGCCAACUUCAGACCCCCUCCCACUAUUCCUGUUAUUCAAGCCCCUGGGAACUCAGGUCCAGUAACUGGUCGCGAUGGGUCCGAGCUUCCUCCCUAUAACACUACUUACUUCUUCGAUCAAUUGAUCGACCACAACAAUCCUUCCCUCGGAACCUUCAAACAGCGUUUCUGGCACACUUAUGAGUUCUUCGAGCCUGGUGGCCCAAUUAUCCUCAUGACGCCUGGCGAAGCCAAUGCGCAACCUUACACCCGCUAUCUUACCAACGCAACUAUCAAUGGUUUAAUUGCUCAACAACAGAACGGUUCUGUCAUCAUCCUUGAACAUCGUUUCUAUGGACUCAGUAACCCCUUACCUGAACUGACGGGAAAGAACCUCGCGGUUCAUACCCUUCAACAAGCUAUUGACGAUUUGGAGUACUUUGCUAAAAAUGUAAAGCUUCCCAUGCCCAACGGUGACAAUUUAGGUCCGGACAAGGCACCGUGGAUUUUGACUGGAGGAAGUUACUCAGGUGCUCUGACUGGGUGGACGAUGGUCAACAAACCCGGACUUUUUUGGGCCGGAUAUUCCUCAUCCGGUGUCGUUGAGACCAUCUUUGAUUUCUGGGGAUACUUCGAACCCAUCCGCCAAAACAUGCCCCAGAACUGUUCCGCCGAUGUCGAGGCAGCCAUUGCCCACAUCGAUCAGGUGUUUUCUGGCAAGGACCAAAAUGCUAUCCAAAAAUUGAAGGAUAACUUUGGUUUGGGCGAAAUUCAGCAUCUGGAUGACGCUGCUGGCGCACUCCGAAACAACCUUUGGGAUUGGCAAAGCCUACAGCCUACUUCGGGUUCUGGAACGACGUUCACCAGGUUUUGUGAUGCGCUUGAGGUCAAGGAUGGAAAGAGCGCUCCGCCGGCUGGAUGGGGUGCUGAUCAUGCCGUUGAGGCUUGGGGAGCAUUUUGGAGGAAUACAUAUCUCAAACAAUUGUGCGGGAACUCUGACAUCGUUGAUUGUUUGGGCACAUACGACGCCAACUCGACGUUCUAUACCGAUACGAGUAUUGACAAUGCAGGACGUUCAUGGUUCUGGAUCGUAUGCAACCAGGUAGGGUACCUGCAAGACGGUCCUCCUAAAGGCCAGCCGGCCGUAGUAACGAGGCUUGUUCAACCUUCCUCCGAUAUCCGACAAUGCCAAUCGAUGUUCCCCGACGUUUUCGCGAAUACUCCUCCGGACAUGGAAGGCGGCGUCAAAAGGACAAAUCAGGAGUUCCACGGAUGGGAUCUCCAAGUCGAUAAGUUGUUCUUCGCUAAUGGUAUACGCGAUCCAUGGCGCGAAGCUACCGUAGCUGCACAAGGCGCUAACAGACACAGCACACCCAGACAGAUCCUUGGUCUCAGCGACGGUUUCCACUGUUCAGAUCUUUCCACCGCUACAGGCCAGGUUGAUGGUACUGUUCGUGACGUACAGAAGAAGGCGCUGGAGGCAUUUAAGGGCUGGCUUGCUGAAUGGCCACAGAAGAAGAGAGAGGAGAUUGAGAGGAGGGAGACCGUGUCCACUGGAACCCCGAGAAGAGUCCAUAGUUGGGAUAGGGAACCAGCUGUGAUGAUCUAAUUGAGUGUGAAAUACCAACGCCACUCAGACACCACCGAAGCCUAUAUCGUACAGAUGAGUGGUACUUUAUAGUGUCAGAGUCAUGAUAAGUCACAUGUCACCAGCUGCUCAGUAUACAAUGAACCUGUAAAAUUGGACUUGAGCAAAUACAAGAGGACGACGCGGGAAUUGCCCCAAUCACUACGCCACAACCGCAACCGAUGAAGUCCGUAGGUGAAGUUACCCCAAAUUCAAAGCUGGCAUCACAUCAACCAAACCAGGGUAAGUACUACCUACGGACGGCUCGCGCGCAUCAAACUAUCUUGAAGAUAUCCGAAUUAACCAUCCCCGG